GCCUCCUCGUCAGCCUCCAUCGCCGCCGCCGCCAUGAUCACCUCGUCUCCUUCUCAGGUGCGACAGAACUAUCACCAGGACUCGGAGGCUUCCAUCAACCGCCAGAUCAACCUGGAGCUGUACGCCUCCUACGUGUACCUGUCCAUGUCCUACUACUUUGACCGCGAUGACGUGGCGCUGAAGAACUUUGCCAAGUAUUUCCUACACCAGUCCCACGAGGAGUGGGAGCACGCUGUGAAGCUGAUGAAACUGCAGAACCAGCGCGGGGGCCGCAUCUUCCUGCAGGACCUCAAGAAACCAGACCGAGGUGACUGGGAGAGCGGACUGAACGCAAUGGAGUGUGCUCUGCGCUUGGAAAAAAAUGUCAAUCAGUCGUUACCGGAAUUGCACAAGCUGGCAACUGACAAGAAUGACCCCCAUUUAUGUGAUUUCAUCGAAACCCACUACCUGGACAAACAGGUAAAGGCCAUCAAACAACUGGGUGAUCACGUAACCAACCUGCGCAAAAUGGGGGCCCCUGAUCCUGGCAUGGCGGAAUAUCUUUUUGACAAGCACACCCUUGGAGACAGUGACAACAAGAGCUAAGCCACACCUGGCUUCCCCCACACCUGGGAACUGUGGGCGUGACUCCUGCUGUCUUUCAGUGCAUGCAUAUUUUGGUUAUCUGACCUUUUCAUAAUCUGUACCAAAAAUCUACCACCAUUUACAUACCAAUAAAGUGACUUGGUACUGAUGAAAAAAAAAAAAA